AAAAACAAGAUGGCAAGAUAUAUUGUCAAAAUUGAACCAAGACCAAUAGAUAGAAUUUACAUUCAAUUUCCAGAAAGCCUGGGAAAAAAAGAAUAUCUAAUUCAAGAUGACACAACAAUUGAGUUAAAUGGAGAACCAAAGGAAAUCACCAUCCGACGAGAGAGCUCUUGGCUUCGUCAGUUCACAUCGUGGCGCUGCAGCUAUGUGACUGUUACCUCGUUGGACUCGGAGAAGGAAUGCUACUUCCCUGUCUUCAGAGAGAUUUACUCAGCUGGGCCGACCAUCAAGGAAAAUUCAGCUAAGCUACCUCAGGAUGAUUUAUCUCUGGAGAGAAAGGAAUCUUUGCUCAACAAUCACACGUUUCAAGAAAAAGUUGGUCAGCAUGGAAAAGAUCAGCAGGUCAGCAGGACAGAAAGCUUUACAGUUGUCAAGGAAGAAGCUUCUCAGGAAAGUUCUACUGGCAAAUCCUUAAUUCUCAGUGUUCUCCUGGGCAUCAUCAGUAUUUUUCCUGAACAGUUGCAUUUCACUCACAAACCUGGCCUCCCUGGUUUUGUGAAAGGAGGGAACUUCUUUGAAUUGCCAAAAGAACUGUGGUUUGACACUCGCAAGAUAGUCGCAUUGAUUUACAAUAAAGUGAAGAUUAAGGCACAGACAACCUUUCGGAGACUUUGGAACUUUUGCCGCAAGUGGAAGAAAAUUGAUGACAUCAGAAAUGUGUUUUGGUUUCCAAGCAAAAAAGCAGAAUACAUCUCACGACACUGGAAGGAAGAUGCCUUUUAUGGCAGCCUGUUCCUCAAUGGUUGUAACCCAAUAAUGAUCAAGAGGUACACAGAAGAUCAGCAGAAAAUUCCAACGGAGACUUUGGAAAAGGUGUACCCUGAUAUCAAGGAAAACAUCCAAAAUGGAAGCAUCUAUGUGGUGGACUAUGAGAUACUGGACGGCAUAGCAGAAGGUAUAGUCGACAAGUCACCACAGUUCUUGGCUGCACCCAUUAUGCUGCUACAACAGACAACAGAGGAGGAGUUAAAGCCUAUUGCCAUACAGUUGAAUCAGAAGCCUGGAGAGAAUAAUCCAGUUUUCACCCCACAAGACAAGCCAGAAGCCUGGCUCUUAGCCAAGAUCUGGGUCCGGAACUCUGACUUCUACAUCCAUGAGUUGGUUUCUCAUCUUCUCAGGACACAUCUGAUGGGGGAAAUAUUCUUCAUUGCUAGCUACUCUAUGGCUGAUCAACAUCCACUAUCAAAGAUUCUUCGUGCAACUGGUCGGUACACUUUACCAAUCAACAUUACUGCUAGAAACACCCUCAUUAAUAAAGGUGGAUUCUUCGUGGAGCACACAGGAAUUGGGAACGAUGAACAUUGGGAGGUCUUAAAGAGGGCAACUCAGGAGAUUACCUACGAGAGCCUCUGCCUGCCUGAUAAUGUGAAGCACCGUGGCAUUGAACAUUUGAAGAACUUUUACUACAGAGAUGACGCCAUGGCCAUUUGGGAUGCCAUAUAUAACUUUGUUCGUGAAGUGGUGAAUGGAUGUUACACAGAUGAUGAAGAGAUACACAAGGAUCCAGAGCUGCAAGAAAUGGUGUUUUUCAUAUACAACUAUGGAUUUCUGCAGAAGUCAGAUUGCCCCUCAAGCCUGAAGACAAGAGAAGAAGCCAUUAAAUACAUCACCAUGAUAAUGUUCACCUGCUCUGCCCAACAUGCUGCUGUGAACCAUGGGCAGUAUGAUAUGUAUGCAUGGAUGCCAAAUGGACCAACAACAAUGAGGAAACCUGAGCCCAAGGACAAGGAGGUGACUGAGAAAGACAUAAUGGACACUCUCCCAGACAUUGACACAACACUGGAGUCUAUGAAUGUGGCUCAUUUCCUCAGCCAGGUGCCAAAUGACUUUGUGCCACUUGGACAGUACCCUGAGGAAGUUGCCUUUGAAAAACACACGAGAGAGCCCAUCUUAAACUUCCAAAGCAAGCUGAAGGAAAUUGAAGAAAACAUCAAGAGGAGAUCUGCCUUGCAAGACUUCCCCUAUGAGUACUUGUACCCGGCAGGGAUGGAAAACAGCAUCACAAUCUAAUGUAUGUCAGCUAUAGAAAAUUUUCAAUCUCCAUUAUGUCUUGAAAACCCAACACCAAAGCCAGAUCUCAUCAUUGCACAACCUGGCAACAACUGGCUCUCCCCUACCUGUGAGGGUUGCUUUUCUCUACUGGUCUCAGCUUGGUGGAACAAACUUCCCAGAGUGGUUAGGACAGCAGAAUCAUUCGCUAUCUUUUGGUACCCGAAACAAGAUAACUGAAUUGUCAGUUGAGCUACAUUGUUAAGCAAAGAUACAGAGCUUGUAUCACUCUCUGUCAGAUUGCUAACAAACUUUAUUCACAGCUCAUUUGACUUUGAUGCUUUAUGAUGGAAUAAAUAUUUGAUGAUCAACAACUGAAUGAAGACUGAUGACACGGGUAACUGCUGUAAACUGGAGUUACUUAAGACCACAUCAACAAAAGGUCUUACCUCAUGCCAUACCUUACCUAGUGCCUACCUACAUUGACCUGGGUGACUCUCAUUGUCAAUGACAGAAUAUAAACCUGAGGAACUACACAAUUAGCAUUACACAAUGGAUGAGCCAUAACAUUUGGCAUGAAGAUUUGGCUCUGUCCUCCACAAUUUUAAAUUUGUAAUCAAACAAUUCACAUGUGGUCAAAGUCUAUAUUCUCAUCUGUUAUUAACGGCUAUGUGGAUGAAUUUAACAGGCUGUCUUUUCUUUUGUGGAAAAUUACAAAUACGACAUAUUUUGAGUGUAUAUCCUUAUGUUUAGUGCCUUAUCGUGGUUCCCGGGCUGCCCAACAUAUAGUCUGGGCAUGUUGCUAAAUAUGUAACCUCCCAUUUUUAAUUAGUUCCCACAGAGAAAGAUCUAUUGUUGUUAUCUUUUUUAAGGAUAGCACAUUUCUCUGCCUGUCUAGGAGAUAUAAAUCCUGCUGAAUAAACUGUACUCUUCA